AUGCUGCCCACGUCGCGCCUCCUGCACACGGCCCUGCGCGACCGCGCAAAGACGGUCGGCUUCAUCGGCCUCGGCGCCAUGGGCCGCGAGAUGGCGUCGAACCUGCUCUCGCGCACCUUCGAGGCCAGCAGCGACGCGGCGACGACGAUCGUCGUGCACGACACCUUCGACGACGCCACGACGCGCUUCCUCAGCGCACACGCCAGCCUGUACCCGGGGCGCAGCAUCGUGCCCGCCAGCAGUCCCGCCGGCGUCGCGAGCCUGGCAGGGACCAUCGUGACCAUGGUGCCGUCGUCGCCGCAGGUGGAGGAGGUGUACCGCUCCGAGACGGGCAUCCUGGCUGGACUCAAGGACCUCGGCGACCCGUCGAACCCGGCCAACAGCACGUUGUGCAUCGACUGCACCACGCUCGACCCCGCCGUGUCCGCGUCGGUGGCGCGCGACGUCAAGGCCGCCGGCGGCGGCAAGGACGGCGCCGAGGGCGCGUGGGACAUGAUCGAUGCGCCCGUGUCUGGCGGCGUGGUGGGCGCCCGCGCCGCGACGCUCUCCUUCAUGGUCGGCUCGGACUCGCACCAGUCGUUUGCGCGCGCCAAGCCGACGCUCGACAUGAUGGGCAGCCGCGCGAUCCACUGCGGCAAGAACAGCAACGGGCUGGUCGCCAAGAUUGCCAACAACCUGCUGCUCGGCAUCUCGAUGCUCGGCGUCAGCGAGGCGAUGCUGCUCGGCACGGCGCACGGGCUCAGCCCGCAGGUGCUGGCGCACAUCAUCAACACGUCGACGGGCCGCUGCUGGGCGAGCGAGGUGAACAACCCGGCGCCGGGCGCGCUCAAGGGCACCGCGCACAGCCCGCCGGCGGAGCGCGGCUACGAGGGCGGCUUUGCGGCGCGCCUGCAGAGCAAGGACCUCGGCCUCGCCAUGGAGGCGGCCAAGCAGCUCGGCGUGCCCGUGCCCGUCGGCAACCUCGCCGCGACGAUCUACCAGGCGCUGGCGUCCUCGCCAGACUUCAAGGACAAGGACUUCUCGUGCGCCAUGCUCGCGCUGCAACGGGCGCUGGGCCGUGACGAGUUCAAGUAGGGAAUGGCACACCUGCUCAAGCCCUAGGACAACUGCUCAGACGUGGGAGAGGAUGCACAUUGACGGUGGUGGUACAGUUGAGUCGUUAGGCUUGGUGUGGUGGUGUCUCGUUCUGCCCGCAGGCAGAUGGGUCGCGCCGGUGCGGCGCACAUUACUCGUCCUCGUCGUCCAUCGCGUCGUCGAGCUCCUCGGCGCGGAUGAGCUCUUCAAAGGCGGCCAUCUGCAGGCGCGCCGUGCCCUUGUCGCGCGUCGCCGGCGCCUCGAGCGCCUGGUGCAGCGCCGCAUAG